AUGAAAGCCAUAGUGGCCGUCACAAUCAUCAUUCUACUGUUCAGACAAAGCGCUAACGUAUCCGCCUUGAAAAAUAUCAAAGGGGAAUUAUCUUGGUUAGCCACAACCCCCGAUGUAGGGACCCUAACGAACACGAUAGAAAAUUACAAGAACGAGGUGGAAGCCCAGGUCCUACACUUGAAGCAAAAUGACAAGCUCACGAAUGAAGUAGAUUAUCAGUUAAACGAACUGAUUGACGUGAUGCGUCUCGUGGGAGACACACAAGAACAACAAAAAAGGGAACUGUACAACUUAUCCACCUCACUCGAAGUAACGAAAGAUGCGUUGUUGAAAAUGUUAAGUGAAUACGAAAAUAGAAUCGACCAGUUAGAGUACAUCAUUAUGGACACCAAGAAAUAUGACCCAUACAAGGAAAGUUUUAAUUAUCCUAUAUCCAAGUAUUGGCUGCAAGUGGACUUUCUUAAAAUUAAAUCUCUAUGGAAGUAUCAGAAAAGGAAACGUUUCACUUCCAUCAUACAGCCCAUUGAAAUGACAAACAUUAAGUACCCAUCAUCAAUUCUGUUGCUAAGACAUCACAUAGUUGUUGAAGGUUUCAUCAAUGUCGAGGUGUUCCAAAAAGCUUCUUCUCUCCAACCAGAAAUAAAUCAAUCCGCUUCUGGUAUAGUCUUCGAUUUUAUAGAUGCUCACAAUUUUAGGUUCGUCCAGUUAUCCUUCUUGAAUAACCAGGCUAUUCUCUCCGUGGAAGAGGUGAGCACAUCUCUGCAUAGCAAGAUACUUUCUAAAGGAGUGGAGGCAGACGGAAAAGACUUCAACACGCUGACGUGCGAAUUUGUGGCCAGAAAAAUGAACGUCUUCUUAAACUACAAAAAGGUAAUGGAAGUGGAUUUCGCCGAUAGAGGGAUAAGAAGCAAAGGUAGAGGAAGCUUUACCAUACAUGGUGAUCGACGCUCUGGAAAUGGUGCGAACCGUUUUGUGGGUCUCUUCACCAAAAGUGGAACCGCAGAAUUUAGGAACUUCCUCACGGGAACCCUCCAGUUUGAACAUCUCCUAAACCAUGCCCUAGUAAUACCAGACAAGAAAGACAUCUCCACUGUAGCAGUGACAAAUUCUUAUCGCUUCUCCAAUAGGGAGAGUAAAGAUGACCUGAGCGUGUACUCCAUACCUUAUAGCAGUAAAGACUACGACGAUAACAAAGAGGAGGAUAUAAUCUACGAUGUUUAUCCUACCCCAGAAUCCAAUUCGCGUUAUGAUGAUGUAAACAUAUCGGGACAUGCCAAGGGGAUCAUCAUCCCUGGAGGUUCCCCCAAAGAAGUGAUGCACAAUUCGUGUGAGGAAUACAGAAGCAAGAAUUUUAGUCUGUCCGAAUGGAUAAGCGAUAAUAGAGAGGCAUCAAACAACUGGAAAUUGAUAUCCCAGUUUGGUAUAAAAAGAAUAAUAUUUCGCAACAACUACAAAUAUGCAUUGAUCAAUUCGGCACUAAUUUAUAAAAAGAACCUAUGCAACUCGAUCAAUAUAUCCUCCUACAUUAAAGUCGAGAACGACACAGAAGCGGGACUCCUCUUCAGAUAUGACAACAGGGAUAACAUGUACACAUUAACAAUUUCAAGUACAAAUAGGGAAGUUACUUUGAAGAGAAAAAAAAAUAAUAUCGAAUCGGUCAUAAAAACUGAAUACGUAAAAAGCAUUAAUUCGUUUCAAAGGCAUCAUUUACUAAUCCGGGACACGGGAGAAUGGGGCAACCUCACUGUAUCCCUCGAUGGUGUCAAAUUGUUUUCUCUGCGCGGGGAGAAUUAUUUCAACUCCGGCAGAGCUGGAUUUUACGUUGAACACGGUCACGCUGCGUUCGACACGUUCAUAGUUGAGCAGCUCAAUGGGGACAUGGAGAGAAAUCACUCCACUUUUGAAUAA